AUGUCUGGCGCUUCCACCGUUCACGUCUCUGGUAUCUCGCACUUGACCUCCGAGAAGGAGGUCCGCGACUUCUUCAGCUUCUGUGGAAAGAUCACCAGCCUGUCCGUCACCCCCGUCUCCUCCGAGGCCGAAGCCCCCAAGUCCGCCAGUGUGACUUUCGAGAAGGAGGCAGCUGCUAAGACUGCCCUACUGCUCGACCAAACCCAAUUGGGCCCCUCUUCUGUACGCGUCGAGGCCGCGCAGAGCAUCGACACUCUGGCCAGUGCAGCCGCCACCGGCGCAUCCACUGAGAAGGAAGAGGAGCACGACAUCGCGCAGGAGGACAAGCCCCGCUCCCGCAUUAUCGCCGAGUACCUGGCGCACGGGUACGUCGUGAGCGAUGGCGCGAUCCAGAAGGCCAUCGCUCUGGACCAGAAGCACGGCUUCUCGACCAAGUUCACCUCGGCGCUGUCCAACUUUGACAAGAAGUUGAACGCGACCGAGCGCGCCCGCGGCAUUGACGACAGCUACAAGAUCACCGAUAAGGCUGCCUCGGGCUGGCGCGGUCUGAGCUCGUACUUUGAGAAGGCUCUCGAGCACCCCUCCGGCCAGAAGCUGCGUGACUUCUACGUUCAGACCGAUAAGCAGGUGCGCGAUAUCCACAACGAGGCCCGCCGUCUGGCCGAUCUGAAGCAGGGCAAGGGUGGUGAGACUGAGGGUGUGGCCCCUGCUGCCAGUGAGGCUGCUGGCGUUGCCCCCGCGACUGUGCCUGCCUCUGGGCCGGCUGGUACUGCUGCCCCUGCUGAGCCUAAGGCUUAG